UAGAAUCAGUCGGGAUUGAAUGCAUCUAACAUCUGUCAGAAAGAUUCCAGCUACUUAUGGUGUAAAAACAAAAAAGAAUUGUAAACAAAACUUAGUCAUCAAUAUAUUUUAGAAGUCCUUAUUUUUAAAAUUAAAUUUAUAAUACCUUGGAUUUCAGGUAUCUCGCGUUAGGUACUCUAUGAGUACUUAAUAUUCUAAAUGUAUUAGUUUGUCAAUAUGAGCGUUCAUCUAAUCUGAAUAUGAUCAAUCUCCUUAGCUUACAGUGUGUAACCUUCUAUUGUGAGAAGUACUAUAUUGCAUAACAUUCUACAUAUAGCUACAUAUAGCUAAAUACCGGGUGUCCCAACAGUAAGGAGAAAUAGAAGUUUUUUCGAUUUCUAUCUUAUAGAUUGUCGAUUAGCUCUAAUAUUUAUACCAAAUAUACUAGGUAUGGCAAGUACAAGAUUAAGCAUAUGAACGAUAUUUAGAUGUAGUAAUUGAUCCAAGAGUGUACAAAUACAGUACAUGUCGGGUGUGACUGAAGUUAAUACCCACACCCACAGCCUUCUUUCAGUUAAUCUUGAUCGUAUUAUAUUAAAAAGACUAGUAUUAAGUGAGCAUCCAUUUAAAAUUCAUAAAAGAUCAUCUGUUAUUCGGUAUAUGUUUUUUAAUCCUGAUUUGAUUACUUUUUUUUAAUUAUUUUUUAAUUCUAUUAUUUAUUAUUUAAAUAGACGAUGUUAAUUGGUUUAAAUCAAUUGAAUUACGUACACGAUGGUGUCGACGAGGAUAUAUUAGAGAAUCACUUCGUUUGUCAUUAGGUACACAUGGUCAUAUGAAAUGUCAAUUUGAUGGAAUUCUUAAAUCAAAAGAUAUUGUAUUUAUGGAUCUCUAUAAACGUGUUUUUCCGAAAUGGACAUAUGUAACCAUUGUUGAUUCAACAACAAGAAAAUAA